UUUUUUUUUUAAAUUAAAACUUAAAAUUCAAAUUACGGUUUUUUAAAAUUUAAAAAUUUAAAAAAUAAAAGGCUUGGAAAAUUUUUUAAAAAUAAUCGCAAAUAAUUUAAAAUAUUAAGGAGUAGGUUAAAGUCGUUGUAUUAAAUCUUGGCAACGAAUAAAUAUCGCGAAAAUUACCCGCCGCGCUUUUUUGACCACGCAUUCACACGGCCUUCAGCUAUUAACUUUUAUUAAUCGGCAAAUGCUUUAUAACUUUGCUCUACGUGUCUUUUAUACAAUUUUAAAUAUAAAUAUAUAAAUAAUAAUAUAUACAUAUGUAUGAUAAUAAUAAUAAUAAUAAUAAUUAAGUGUUUAAACGUUAAUUAUGCUCAAUUCGUGCUGUGCUUUUUUACGAAACUCCGAGUGAGUUAAAUGUUUAUUUAUUAUUUUUUAUUUAGUGCGUAGUUGUGUCGACUGUUUAUUGUAUGUAUAUAUGCAUAUAUAUGUGUGGAUGUAUAUAGAUUAAAUUUGGAUAGUAAUUGUAAUUACGGUUAUUCGUUUUUACAUUUGUUGUAAUAAAUAAGUGGAGAAGUUUGAGAUAAAUAGUGGUCCUUUAAGGACGAAAAUAUAGGGAUGCCUGUCAGAAGAGGACACGUUGCUCCAAGGACCACCAUUAUUGAAACCAUCAUUAGGAAAUUUGAUACUCAUGACAGAAGUUUUUUGGUAGCCAACGCUCAACAGGGACUAUGUCACAUUAUUUAUUGUUCGGAUGGAUUUUGCCGGCUUACCGGAUUUUCGAGGGCGGAGGUGAUGCAACGGCCAGCCGUUUGCGAUUUUCUUCAUGGACCAAUGACCUCACCUCAUGCUAUUGCUGCAUUACGUGAUGCAUUGAUUGCAGGAGUCGAGAAACAUUUUGAAAUCCUAUACUACAGAAAAGACGGCACCAAGUUCUUGUGUAGCGAGGUUAUUGCUCCAAUAAGAAGCGAGGUAGAUGACAUCUGCCUGCAGAUUAUCAACUUUGAAGAUCUGAGUGCUCAGCCACCCCCGCCGCCAGCUGUGCCUCCACCUUCGACAACUAACAAUCGUCUUGCGACACGAUUUGACAGAGCCAGAGCAUCCUUUCGUGCUGGAUUGUCUAGAACUGGAGUCGUUGGUCCUCCGAGGGUUAGAAAUAGACCGAGAGCCGCUUCAACUGUGCCGCAGAGACAGCUCGCUGAUGGGACCAUUUUAGAUGAAGAGGCUUCUGAAAAUUGUCCACUGACAUGUGGGUCACCAACGAUGGUAGAGUCCUGGGGCCCAGGAUCCGGGAGAAUGGGGACCCCACCGCCAGUGCCGCUGCCAUUGCCAGCCAGCACCAGCGGGCAUGGGAUCUCUGCGGGCCUUGGAGCGGCAACUCGACCGACGACGACUACCACAGUGGCAACUGCGCCGAUAGCCAGCCCCGAAGGAGUAAGCGACAUUUCACCGAAAUCGGGAAUCUGGGAUGGCACGAAUUGCUCACCGGGAAAUGGUAAUGAUGGACCGUCAAGAAGUGUAUCUCAUGCUGCCAGUCUGGAUGCCAUUUCAAGGAGGAUGGUCAAGAAUGACAUGUCCAGAAUACCAUGUAGGAGUCUCACUUGCAGUGUUCUACCGAAUCGAGGAAGUGAAUGCGCAACCGGGUUCGAGCGGUGGCCAGCAACGGUCGAUAAUCUCAUGGAAGCAACGAAACAUUCAAAAAUAUUUCCCGGUGUCGCAUCCGAAAGUGAUCUCCAAAGAUGGCGGGCUUCGAAAGAGAGAAAAUCGCCGUCUCUCAGUCAAAUGGGUUCAGACUCCGUUAAACACAAAUUCUCUCUUCAGGACAACGGCUCCGCCAAGUACUUUCAAGGAGUUAUGCACACACCUAAUAUGGGAGAAAAAGUUGCUCAAGUUCUUUCACUUGGCGCAGAUGUACUGCCGGAAUAUAAACUACAGUCACCGCGUAUCCACAAGUGGACGGUCCUGCAUUAUUCACCUUUCAAAGCAGUUUGGGACUGGAUUAUUCUUCUGUUGGUUAUGUAUACAGCCAUUUUCACACCCUAUGUCGCUGCUUUUUUACUCAGUGAACCUGACUAUAACAGCAGGAAGGCUAAAAAGUAUAGCGAUGAUCCAAUCGUCAUUAUUGAUCUCAUUGUUGACGUGACAUUUGUCGUUGACAUUCUUAUAAAUUUUCGUACGACAUUCGUGAACACGAAUGACGAAGUUGUGUCAGGACCGUGGAAGAUCGCCGUCCAUUACCUGAGAGGGUGGUUUAUUAUUGACUUGGUAGCGGCCAUACCGUUCGAUCUUCUCCUCUACGGCUACAACACCGACGAGACAACGACUCUAAUGGGGCUUCUCAAGACUGCGCGGUUACUGCGUUUAGUCCGAGUUGCAAGAAAAAUAGACCGAUAUAGUGAAUACGGAGCCGCUGUAUUGCUGCUACUUAUGGCGACGUUUGCGUUGAUCGCUCACUGGAUGGCUUGCAUUUGGUACGCUAUUGGAAAUGCUGAAAGGCCACUUUUGAAAAGUAAAGUCGGCUGGCUCGAUAUACUCGCAAAUGACACUCAUCAAUUCUAUUAUCACAAUAAUACUGGUGGACCCAGUAUUAAGAGCCGUUACAUAACUGCAUUAUACUUCACCUUCAGCAGUCUUACGUCAGUAGGUUUUGGAAACGUCGCACCCAAUACGGAUACCGAAAAAAUUUUUACAAUCAUCGUGAUGUUAAUUGGAUCCCUUAUGUACGCGAGUAUUUUCGGAAACGUAUCAGCAAUAAUCCAACGACUGUACAGCGGAACUGCACGAUAUCACACGCAGAUGCUGCGUGUCCGUGAAUUCAUUCGUUUCCAUCAAAUCCCGAACCCACUGAGACAGCGACUGGAAGAAUAUUUCCAACACGCUUGGACUUACACCAACGGUAUUGAUAUGAAUAGCGUCUUGAAAGGGUUCCCCGAGUGCCUUCAGGCAGAUAUUUGUCUUCAUCUGAACCGGCAACUUCUCAACAACUGCAAAGCUUUCGAAAAGGCCAGCCCCGGUUGCCUGAGGGCUCUUUCGCUCAAGUUCAAAACAACCCACGCUCCGCCUGGGGAUACGCUGGUCCAUCGUGGAGACGUCCUUACCUCGCUCUACUUUAUAUCGCGCGGCAGCAUUGAGAUACUUAAGAAUGACAUCGUUAUGGCGAUUCUUAAUCCCCCGGACAUAUUUGGGGAAAAUCCCUGCGAGCAUCCUACUGUUGGAAAGUCUUCCUGCAAUGUACGGGCACUUACUUACUGUGAUUUACAUAAAAUACAUCGAGAUGAUCUUCUAGAUGUCUUAGCGCUCUAUCCGGAGUUUCAUCAACAUUUUAUUGAAAAUUUGGAGAUUACUUUUAAUAUGAGAGAUGAUGAGCAAGCAGGAGUUGAUCCGAUAUCAGCGCGAUUUCCUGUGAGCACUCCAACAGACGUAGAUGGAGACACUCGAAGAUUUGCGUUCCGUCCACCACGUUAUCGAUUUGGACCAGGUGUAAUCGGUGCACCAAACACUCACCUAGUGCCGACAGGUCGUCAGAACUCGUUCCAAGACGACCCCGACGACUACGACAAGUCAAGUGGCCAUGGGAUCCUGGAGUUCAGUACCGACAAAGCGGGUCAAGAUGUCACUCCAAUGAACCUCGAGUUCGAUGAACCCAAGCAACGAAGCUCGACCCUAAACUCCAUUACCGGCAUGCUAACCCACCUCAAGCGCAGCAUACCGGACCUUCGACAGCACACUAAGAUCCACCUGCAGCCGCUAACGAGUCACGACUACUUAGCUAAACAAGUGACCACACCAUUGACCAGGCCGCCACGCAAAAGUUCGACCAAUGGUGAUACCAGUCACUGUAAUAUUAUUCAACCGGUUUCAAAUCCAUCUAGUCAUUACACAACACCAUCACCACCUCAGCAACAGCUUCAGCUUCUUCAGCAAAAUUCGCAUGCAGGUGAGUUCCAAAGCGGGCCGGGGCGACCCCUAGAGGACAUAAACAUCCGCAUCGACGAUCUGUCGCGUCAAGUGUCAUCUCUAGAGCGAACAAUGGCAGGAGAUCUAAGAUUAAUCUUGGCGCUGCUUCAGCAGACACUGGAUACAUCAAAAGACAGUUCCAGCACGGAUAUGAUGCCUGGCACAGCUCCAGCGGCGCCAAUUACCGCAGUGAGAUCAUCCCGAGCACCCGCAUUAGCACAAAGAUCUGCCAGCGAACCCCAGCCCUCGUCUCUGCCCGGUUCCUCAUCCGCUAACGGAAACGGAGCCAAGAUACAGUCCAGUGCAUCGCACAGUCUCUUCCGCUUUCUUUCAAAAUCCCUGGAUCAGUUGCAUUUGAUUUCGGCGCGUUUUGUUUUGGAAAAAUUGGACAAGAUCCGAAGGUGACGUGAUCAUACAAUCAACUGAAUACAUAAAUAAUAAUACUGUUAUUAUUUACUAUUUACCAUGUAUACUAAUAAUAAAUAUAUAAGAGAACUUAUGUCUCUCUAUUAAUCUAUUCUUCUUCAGCUCGUUUUACAGCAGCGUCACGUGUCUCCAUGUCCAUUUGUCCUUUCUUAUCGAUCCUUAACCUCUAAACGAUCUCCGUGGUCACGCGAGACCCAGAGCGAUCGAUUCCCUGAUGUUCAUCACCGAACUUCGUCUAGAGAGAGACUGAACUUCGGGCGACCCCCACUACUGGCGAUUUCUGAACUGCGCAUGCGUGGAAAAGUGGGGGAAGCUUAGUUCAUUCUCUCGCUGGGACGAUUGAACCAUUAAGGUCAUUAUUGUUUAUUACUGUCAUUUUAUGGAGGUAAUUUGAGAACCUGGAGAUUGUAGAUUAGAGAUUUUAAUAUUUUACGGAGACAGGUGGCGUUGUUUUAUAGAUGAGUAUAUUUAUGGGACAUUCGGGAUAAUUUAAGGUCAGUGAGUUUUGGUAUUUUUGCUGAUGGAAAAGAGUAUGGAAAGUGUUUUUGAAGCUUGAAGCCUUUGGAAUUUGAAGGUUAGGUAUCGUAAUGCGAGAGAUAAUUGGCCCUUAUGGUGCUCGAGACCGUAAGGGCGCAUUAGAAAUUUUUUUGGUAAAUUGUUAGACUUUUUUUUUAGAAUAGAAAUUUAUAAAAUAGGGUUUUUGAUAUUUUUUGCCCUUAUGGCGAGAGAUAAGGGCCGGGAGUUAUAAGGGCGUAAAAUAUUUUUCUUUCUAUUUUGGUUUUUGGAUAAAGUUCUUUAGAAAUGCAAGUUUGUAAUUUUAUUCAUACGCCCUUACGACGGGAUAAGGACCGGAAGUUAUAAGGGCGUAAAAUUUCUUUUCCUUAUGUAGUUUUUGACAAAAAUUUUCAUAAAUAUAAAUAAGUAAUUUUUUCAUACGCUCUUAGGGCUUGAGAUAAGGGCCAGAAAUUAUAAGGGCGUAAAAUAUUUUUUUUCUGUUUUUAGUUUUGGAAUAAAUUUUUUUAGAAAUUCAAAGUUUUAAUUUUAUUCAUACGCCCUUAAGACUCGGGAUAAGGACCGGGAAUUAUAAGGACCUCAAAUAUUUUUCCAUUUUACUUUUUUAAAAUUUUUUUACAUGAAUACGAAUGAGUAAUUUUUUUUCAUACGCCUUUAGGGCUUGAGAUAAGGGCCAGAAGUUAUAAGGGCGUAAAAUAAAAGGUCGUAAAUUUCUUUUCUGCUCUAGUUUUUUGAAAUUGUUUUAUGAAUAAAAUUUUGUAACUUUUUAUCGGCCCUUAGGACUCAGAAUAGGUCCUAAGGGCCAUAAGGACCAAAAAAAAAAAAUAGAUAAAAACUUGCAUUUUUGAAUUUUUACACUUCCAGUUAAAAACUACAUUAAUUAGUCAAAAAAAAAAUAGUGCGUAUAUUUUACUAGGAUGCGCUCUUACGACCUUUUUUACACGAUUUUAAAUUCCAAAAACAUAAAAAAUACCGAUUGUAUAACGUCAACAAUAGACUUUCCAUCAGCAAAACGAACCAAAAACUGCUCACCCCGAACCAACUAGUCUCCGAAUGUCCCAACCUUUAACUAGAUCUGUAACCUAGUGGCGCAUACACAUCCACUGUAAAUAAAGUCACCGGCUUGCUCGGGUAACUGAAGGCUAAUGGCAGCUGCUUAAGUAACUAAACCAUAGAUUAAACCGGCUUAAUCAGCCAAUUAUUAACCAGCAUCACUAAAAUAAGAAGACUAAUUGUUGAAUAAUG